CAGUGAAACGAUAGUCCAUCUAAAAGAUGUAUAUAUUGAUCGUUACUUUCGACUGUACUGGUAGGCAUUCUUGGUGACGUGGUGGCCUUUUAGUGUAAGGUAUGCAUUCAAGAAAGAGAAAAUUAAGAGAUAAAAAUGCAGAGAGGUUCGUCAGAGUAACUGCCCUGUUGUCUAAGUUGCACCGGGGAAAGCGUAGAAAGGACGAAGAAAAAAAGAAAACGCACGAAGAAAAUCUGUCCGACCAAACGCGAGGAAGGCUACUGACAACGAAUGGAAUUUGUCAUUCAAUCUCGAUGAUAAAAAAAAAAAGUACGCGCACUAGUGCUUUUAGAAUAACUCGGGCUGACGUCGGCUGUGACCAGAUUCCAAGCAUUUUGUUUUGUCGUAAGGGGACGGCUGUAAAGUUUCUCGAGCGUGGUUCAGUGCGAUUUUCGUCGUGAACUGAAACGAGGACAUUCACAUACUGUGGUAUUCACGGAAAAUCGUUUUUCGCUUUCGGAAAAACGAGCAAGGCACCGUUAAGGCAUUGAAGUAGUAAGAACGCUAGCAGCAGCAAUGUCUCGGGAGCUGGAUGCUUUCAGUGGGUGUUUCGAUGUGCCAGGGAACAAAAAAAAAGAAAAAAGUGUCGAGGUGAAAGAAGUCCAGCGAAAUAGCAGCAACUAAUCUACGCUGCGUCUGUAAUGGCCCGAAAAUAAUUUACAGAUUUUUUUUUCAUGCGCAACAGCCUUCCAAACAAUCGCCUUUGCUGUCUGGAGCCUGUCUGCUUCAGCCUGGGUUACCUUUCUCAGCCUUUGUAUUACUAUCACUCGGGCAAUUAAGUACCACAAAAACUAAACUUUAUUAUUAUUCUUUAACACACUAUAAUGAUCCGACGUAGUCUACUUUGACGUCCUGCGAGCCAUUAUAAUAAGGAAGACGUCUAGAAACAGUUAGGACAUGAGAAAUACAAAAUUCCCCACCAAGUCGUCGUCAUUAAGAUUAUCAUAAUCAUCAUCAUUUAACGACUUUUUGCUAAAUGGGAGUACUUUGGAUCACGACCUGGCGACAUUGUUAAGGCAUUAGCAACAGUUGUCAUAACGGAUAAUCCACCGAUUCACUCAACCAUGAUAACGGUGUGAUUAUCGGGCGGUUCAAAUCUGACACACCGACGCCGGGUGACAAUUCGCCUAAAAAAAAAAAAAAGCUCACAUACGCCGGAAAAAAUUCAGCACUGGAGUGAAAUAGGAAACACUAUGCAUGAAAAAAACAAUGCCGGAAUGCCAGAAAUAUUUGAAAAAACACACUUAAAGCACAUCCAAAAUAAGUUCCGUGUAAGGUCCCGCGUAACUGUCGCAAGCUGAGAGAAACUGCAUGUGUAGAGCAGCAUUGAUAACAUUCUGUGAACAUAUUCAAUCGUCUCUACUCUCGUUCGCUAGCCGUGGCGCAGGUCGUCAGCUUGGGCAAAGGAUGCAGCGAUUCGGAUGCCGAGAAGUGCAACCUCGAGUUCCUCACGUUCGGCUUCAGCUCCAAGCUGCCAGACACCGCCUCCAAGAUGGCUGACUACUGCAAGAAGCGAGCGAAGGCGUUGCAGUGUGCGCUGAACUUCACCGACCGGUGCCUGCUCGGCUUCUACCGAGGCACCGCCUUCACCGCCAUCAACACCAUGCGGGAGGAAAACGACCGCAGGUGCAACACCACCCACGUGGAGCACGCAGGUUUCCUCCAGCACUCCAAGUGCCUGAACAAGGCUGGUGACUCCAUCCACAAGUGCAUCGUGAACUUCAAGAAGGAGUUAUUCACCACCGCCAGGAAUGCCGAGACGAAGAACCGCAUCCGCUACGGCUGCUGCGACUACACCAAGAUGUUCCACUGCCGCGAGAAGAACCUGCGCGACAAGUGCGGCGACGCGCAGGCCAUCCUGUUCGCUCGCAACGCCGGCGAGCACAUCCUGGGCAACGCGCUCAAGAUCUUCUGCGGCGGCUACACCACGGAGUCCAAGUACUGCAAGGCGCUGCCCAAGCUCCCCAAGCUGCCCUCCAACACCAGGGUCCCCAAGAGCAUCAUCGUGCUGCUCAAGACGUUCGCCACGCUAUAACCGGUGUACGCACGUGAUGCGCACACUUCAUCAUCGUCAUGCCUUGUCCUCAUCUUCACGGACGGGUGACCUCGCACAGAACGGCAAAAAAAAAAGGAAGCCUUGUUCUCAGUAAACACGUGUCUAUAAGUGGGGAGUUGUCUGGGUGCCUCACUGCCCCACCGUAAUUACGCAUGUACGUCUCACAAACGAUUGCGCUGGUUUUCCUAUGUCUUUGUUGGAGCUACACGAACCUGAGAAACGGAAGACAUU